ACUAAAAUAAAAAAAAAUCACUGCAUGUUGACUCGAUAGAUCUAUCUGGAAACAGAGCAUACCAUUUAAAUGAUCUUUUUCUUAAUCACUAUAAAAUAUUUCAGUUGAGAUGGAUUUAAAACAUGUGUGUCUUUGUUUAACAUUUCUUUUAUUAGUCUUUAAUAAAAUUAACGUAAACCAAAGCAUUGGAGUAAACGCUUAUAUAAAUAUGAAUAGACACUCUAUUCCAUACUAUGAUAAUUUUGCCUAUGGUGGCGAGUACAGCUUUCCUUUUCCACUACAAGAUCCCGAGUUAUUCAAUAACCCUUCAGAGUCUGUAGAAGGACGUUACAGACACGCUGCUGUGGCAACCGAUUCAUUUGAAUGCUCUAAAAUAGGCACGGACAUAAUGAGACGCCAGGGCGGAAGUGCCAUUGACGCUGCCAUUGCCGCCACGUUGUGUUCUGGUGUCGUUAACCCUCAAAGCUGCGGAAUCGGUGGUGGGCAUUUCCUCACAUAUUAUAACAGAGCAAAUGGCUAUGUCUAUUCGGUUAUCGGAAGAGAAAGGGCGCCCUUAGCUUCAACCGAGGACAUGUUUACCGAGGACAAAAACACGUCAUCACAGUUAGGAGGCAAAGCUAUUGCUGUCCCUGGAGAAAUCCAAGGUUUUUAUGAAGCGUGGAAAAUAGGAGGUCGGCUGCCCUGGAAGCAGUUAUUCUUACCAACUAUAAACUUAUGUAGAAAAGGCAUAUCUGUAGGAAAAGCGCUCCGUCGUGCUAUUACUAAUACAGAAAGAUUUCUCGAACAGUUUCAAUCAUUCAGAGAUUUCCUAACGAAUCCAGAUACUGGAGAGAUAUAUCAAGAGGGUGACACAAUGUUCCGUCCACGACUUGCAAACACAUUAGAGGUUAUAGCAGAAGAAGGACCAAAUGCUUUUUAUGGAAGAAGUCUUACCGACUCUAUACUUGCUGAAAUAGCUGACGCAGGUGGAAUAAUUACAAGGGAUGAUCUUGCCCAAUACACAGCGCUUAUAAAACCAGCUGUUUCGUUUAAGCUGGACAAUUCGCACACGAUGUACUCCCCACCUUUACCGUCAGGUGGCGUUGUGUAUCAGUAUAUAUUAAACAUCUUAAAAGGAUUUCAUUUUGGCCCAUCAAGUGUACUUAACGCUGAUGCAGCUGAACUAACGUGGCAUCGAAUUGUUGAAGCGUUCAAGCAUGCCUUCUCUUUAAGAUCGAGACUUGGGGAUAAUGAUAUAGGAUCGACGGAAUUCAUCGACGAAGUUGACGAGGGAUACGGCGAAGCAAUUCGGUCGAGAAUUAGCGAUACGGAAACAUUCGACCCGUCGUAUUACGAUAGUGAGUUGUUUGGUGUGUCAGGAAGCGGUAGCAUGGGCACGUCACAUAUUUCAGUCCUAGGUCCAAAUGGCGAUGCUGUGUCGAUAACGAGUACAGUUAAUCUGUUUUUUGGCUCGAAGGUAAUUGGUUCCAGGACAGGUAUCUUAUAUAACAACGAAAUGGAUGAUUUUUCAACGCCAGGAACCGUCAAUUUCUUCGGUGUUCCAGCAUCGCCUGCGAAUUUCAUAUUACCGGGAAAGCGCCCUCUGUCGUCCAUGUGCCCGAGUAUAGUAAUAGAUAGGUGGGGAGAUGUAAAACUGGUUAUUGGCGCUGCAGGUGGAACAAGGAUUAUAACAUCUACCGCUCUGGUCACCAUUGAAACUCUAUUGUUUAACUGGGGUCUAAAGGAAGCUAUAGAUUAUCCGCGACUACACCAUCAACUUUUCCCACCAACACUUGGUGUCCAGAAAGAGUUUCCGCAGAUUUUGAAAGAUGGUUUGCAAAGUUUUGGUCACAAUAUAACUGUUGAUACAUCAUUGUCGAUUGUUCAAGCUGUUUUAGUUAGGAACCAGGUAAUAGCGAAUAGUGACUUCCGGAAAGGAGGGGAACCGGACGGAUUUUAGUACACCAAAACGAGACUAUGUAGAAAAUUUGCCAUUGAGUAGUCAUGAGAACAAGGUCAAGGUGUAUUUAUAGAAAAACUUCGGGCCUUUGGAAACUAUUUAAAAUUAAGUGACUUGUGAUGAUUUACUACAUUAUUAAUUUAUGUUAAGUGAGUUGAUGCACUAUCUGUUCCUCUAUGCUAUGGGCUGUUUUAAAAGCUAUAAAAUGCAACAGAUAUCCCUUUGAUUGUCUAAUGUUUUUUUCAUUGUUUCUUUGAUUAAUUAUUUGACUGAUUAUUUUAUUGAUUAUUUGAUUAAUUAUUUGACUGAUUAUUGAUUGUUGUUAUUUUAUGAUUAUAUUAAUGAUUAUGUAAGUAUGAAAUUCUGAAGUACUGUUUACUUGAUCUGAAAGGAAUUUGGGUUUCAUCGUAUUUGUCAAAGAAUGAUGUUUGAUUAGAUAUUAUUGUUAGUUAAAGGAAAAAAUUAAAUGUCCGUCACUGUGUUUUAUAUUUAAAGCCCAUUAUGCCUUAGAAAUGCUAUCGAUCCAACUUUUUGUACCUUGUUACAGUUUCCAAAACUAUACUAAUUUUCCAUAAACAUGAACUGUCUUCUCCCAAUUUUGCCCUGUCAACAAUUUGUAUAAUUAUAAUGAAUAAAUAUUUUGUAUGGAAGUCAAAAUACUACUUUUUUACAUUUUUGUACCUGUAAGACACAUAACUGCAUGUUCGGCGCUAUUUCCUUCAGUAUUUAACAUGUAACAUACUUUAAAUGUAUUAUUGAAACAUUAUUAAACACAUGUAUGUUUGACAAUUUUCAAGAAUCGAAACGCAGAAAUAAGGUGUCUGUAAAGGU